GGAAUAACUAAAAGUAUUUCGGUGUGAUCUUUCUUCUCUCUCUAUUCAUUUCCUUCUCUUCCCCCUUCGCCUAUUCCGACGGCGGAUCCCACGGCCAGAACAGCGACACCGCUGCUCGCCUCCUCCUCCUCUUCAUAUCUCCAGCUCUUGAGAUCAAGCCCUUCUUCCUUCUAUUGGUGGAUCGAGGAGUCUCGGAGGGGAGAGAUCUGCUGCGGAGGCGACUUGAAAGAGGAGAUUCUUGACUCCUCCGCCGUUGGGUAUCGCCAUGGCCGCUCCACCUGCUAGGGCACGCGCCGAUUACGACUACCUGAUCAAGCUUCUGCUGAUCGGAGACAGCGGCGUUGGGAAAAGUUGUCUCCUUCUGCGUUUCUCUGACGGUUCGUUCACAACAAGUUUCAUCACUACAAUAGGUAUUGACUUUAAAAUAAGAACUAUAGAAUUGGAUGGCAAGCGAAUUAAACUCCAAAUUUGGGAUACGGCUGGUCAAGAGCGUUUCCGAACGAUAACAACUGCUUACUACCGAGGUGCCAUGGGCAUUUUGCUUGUUUACGAUGUCACUGAUGAGUCAUCUUUUAACAACAUAAGGAAUUGGAUCCGGAACAUUGAACAACAUGCGUCUGACAAUGUGAACAAAAUUCUAGUCGGUAACAAGGCUGAUAUGGAUGAAAGCAAACGGGCUGUGCCUACUGCAAAGGGACAAGCACUUGCUGAUGAAUAUGGAAUCAAGUUUUUCGAAACCAGUGCCAAGACAAAUCUGAAUGUGGAGCAGGUCUUCUUUUCUAUAGCUAGAGACAUUAAGCAAAGACUCUCCGAAACAGACAGCAAACCUGAGGAUCGGACAAUUAAGAUCAACAAACCAGACCAGGGAGCUGCCGAAGGCACCGCGGCGACCAGAUCAUCAUGCUGUGGAUCUUGAGUGAUCGAUUCGAGGAGGCGGAGAUGGACUCAAAUGUGGUUGAUAACUAAUUUGCAUGUCAUAGGCCACAAAGGUUAUCAAUACAAUGGACUCAUGGUGGGUGCUUGUAAUUUCAAUCCUUUUCUCCGUUCUGGUGCAUUUGUCUCUGUGACUGCUUUACUUUAUCCGACACUUUUUGUUUUCUCUCUCUUUCAUUUGGUAUUGCAAACUUGCAAUUCCUGUUCUAUUAUCUUUGUAAAAUUUGUGUGGAAAAUGUAUGCUUUAUCACUUUCAUGCCACUGGAAAA